AAUGGCGCUGACCGCAGCUGUCACCCACGCCUCGCGCGCGCUCCCGCGGCGGCGCCACCGCCGCGCUCCGGCUCCCUCCACCCGCCUCGCCCCUCCCCUCUCCACGCCGACACCGCCGCCGACACGUCCGGCGACCCUCGACCGCGUGUUCUCCGACCUGGAGGCCCAGCCGCGCCUCCUCACGCCGUCCCUCCUCGCCCCGCUCCUCGCCGCGCUCCCGCUCCACCCGUCCCCGCGCCGCCGCCUCGCGGCCCUCCGCGGCCUCCUGCCCGUCUCCCUCCUCCGCCGCCACCCGGACCUCGCGCUCCGCCUCCUCCACAUCCACGCCUCCCUCGGCCUCCUCGCCUACGCGCACCACAUCUUCGACCACCUCCUUCCCGCGCGCACCCGCCGGGACCGCGCGUUCCCGUGGAACUGCCUCGUCGCCGGCUACGCACACGUCGGCCGCUACGACGAUGCGCUUGCCCUCUACCUCCAGAUGGACGAGGAGGGCGCCCCGCGCGACGGGUUCACCUUCGAGAGCGCGCUCCGGGCCUGCGCAGGCGCCCGGUCCGCCGAGCUCGGUCGGGCCGUGCACCGCGACGCCGUGAGCGCCGGCCUCGCUGCCGACGUCUCCGUGUGCGACGCCCUCGUGGAGAUGUACGCCCAGUGCGGCGACCUGGAGAUGGCGUGCCAGGUGUUUGACGCAAUGCCGGAGAGGGACGCCGUCUCGUGGAACGUCAUGCUCGCUGGCUUGCUGGGGCACGGUGGCCUCUCUCCUCAGGCAACGGAGGUCUGGAGAAGGAUGCUCGGAGAAGGGCACAAGCCCGACUCGGUCGUGCUGUCGAAGAUGCUCUGCCAUCACCCUGAUGAUGGCAAACAGGGACUGGAGGUUCAUGCCUGGGUGAUUCGCCAUGAGCUUGAGAUAGAGUUGCCAGUGGCAAAUGCUCUGAUUGGAAUGUACGCCAGAAAGAAACAGCUAGGACAUGCUCUUUCCAUUUUCGAGUCGAUGCCCGCGAGGGAUCUGGCGUCAUGGAAUGCUAUAAUCUCUGCACACAGCCAACAUUUCGGCGUUCUCAUGAUGUUCUGCCGCAUGGUUGACUCCGGACUGCAGCCGAACGAGGCCACCUUCGUCGCGGUGCUGUCCGCGUGCGACAAUCUAGGGUUGGUGGAGGGCGGCAUGAGGCUGUUCUCUGAGAUGGAGAACAAGUACAGGAUUCAGCAUACUGUACAGCACUGUACCUCUGUGGUCAACAUGCUAGGCAAAGCUGGGAUGGUGGAUGAGGCUUAUGAGUUCAUGUCGAAGCGGCCGCGUCUCGGCAGCGAGCCAACAGUCUUGAGGGCGCUGCUUCAUGCUAGUUCAGUACAUGGCAACAUAAGGAUAGGCGAAAUUGCCGCCAAGAAGUUAUUCGACCUGGAGCCUGACAAUGCGCAUCAUUUCGUCACACUGAUGAAAAUGUAUGACAACACGGGUAGGUUGGAGGAGCUCGAGAAGGUGAAGAAAACGAUGAGGGAUAAAGGGCUUUAACGUUGACCUGUUGGGUCACCACUAAUCUCAACUUCUGUAGAAAGCCCCGGCAUCUUCAUUGCUGCCAUGUGGUGGUGAUUUCUUACCAGUCUGCCAAGCUCCGGCAUCUUCUGUAUUAACAUACAUUAAGAUUCAAAUGUUUUUAUAGCAAAGUAUCAGCAGGACAGGGAUUCUGAUGUUUAUACCAGUAUCAAACAGAGCAUGUUUCAUGGCGCACAGUGUACAGUAUUUAUUUUGUCUGGAAAAUAGAAACUCUUCGAUUUCA